UUCUAUUUGGUAACGGAUAUUCAUAGUUCAUAAUAUCCUCAGAGUUAAUUUAGUAUGUCAACAAUUCCCAAGAAGCACAAGAAAAACUUGUAAACACACACCUUUUUAUUAUUAGUGUCUUCUGAACAAUCACUAAGUAUAUAUGUAAGGUUUACAAAAGAAAAUUUAUUAUAUCGACUAAAGCGCCGAGAGUAUAUCACAUACGUUACUUCUAAAUUAAUAUUAUAAAUCAGUAAUUAUCUAUUACACUAAAAUUUCGGAAUAUUUAUGGAAAGUUCCGAAAUAUCUACAUUGUAUCAACAAUUAGCAAGCAGUGAAGCUGCCCUUUAUAAUAAGAGUUUCAAUCCGAAUGUUUGUCAUGUUUGCAAGUUUAAAAGUCGCGAAGGUUACAAAACUUGUGAGAUCUGCGAGACAAACCUUUACUGCAGCCUAGAGCACAAGAUGGAAGACCAACUGUAUCAUAGGCAAAUCUGCCAAGCUAUAAGAGAUGUUGAGACUAACCAUCUGCACCUUUAUCGUUUAUGCAAAGAACAAGAGGAAUGGAUCAAUCUAAGGAAAGAAUGUUUGCGUUUAAUCAAGGAAAAGCUGUCACGUGAUCUAGAACCGUAUGAAGUGCAGAUGAUUAUGUUCAAGCAAUCCUGCUUUAUAUGUCACAUACAGUGCAAUCUUAGUACUUGUACAACGUGCUAUUCCAUUAACUAUUGCCCUAAUCAUAAAGAGAAUUUCAAACACUUCGAUCACGUUUCAAAUUGCAAGGACUUGAAAUUGUGUCUCAACAUAGAUAUCGCACUACGAUAUAAUUCACCAUCACCUAGAAAAUUCAUUGAUUUUCCUGAAAAAGGUAAACCUUUUGUUGAUAUGGAUUCAUUCCUUACAAACUAUUUGGCCAAUGUAGAAUUUGAAAAAUAUUUCUACUCUGAUUAUGUAUCAGGUCCGCUGACACUAUAUUAUGGAAUGUAUGUUGGAGAUUUAAAUUUUUUAGGUAUCCUAUCUUACUUUACUGUUCUUAUAAUAGCCGCAAACUUUUUGGAUAAAGAAUAUUCGCCAGCUUGGGAACUUUUCAUGCAUAUUUUCAAUAAGAUAGAAAAUUUAACAAUUAUAUUGAUAGGACCAGAGUUACAAAACAAAUAUUAUGAUAUCACUACUUGUAAUAGAAAAUGCUUAUCAUUCUGUAAAAGAAAAAAGCUUAAUUUCGAAUGUUAUCAUAUGUCGUAUUAUGAAUAUGUUAACUCUACUUUUUAUAGACAACCAAAUGUAAUUGUAGGAUAUCAAACAGAUUUUAAUGAUUGGGAGGAAACGUCAUUGUCAAAUUGUCCAUUGUUUUUAACUACCAAAUCAAAACUUAAAGCCAAUCAAAACAUAAACAAGCUACAAAAGGUUUCAAAUACACAUUUAAAUAUUAUUUAUCACGAAGAAAAUACAUUUAGUUCCAAAAGGCCAUACAAAGACUUUGAGACCAAUGGUGUGUUUUAUCGUAAUAAGUUUUUAACUGUCUGUACAAAUUGAUCUUUUUAGAUCUUAUAAAUUACUUUGAAUUCUCAUAUACGAUUUUACUAUCAUUUUGAUAAUAUGAUUAUAAACAGCGUAAAAGUUAGAUACAGACUGUUAGGCAAUAUGAAAAAUUAAUAUUAGCAAUCAGCAUUAAAUGAUCAGUA